UUGUACGCGAAUGGCACGUUUCGUUUUGCUUCCGUUAUUAACGAGUAACCAUCUCCAAUCAUCUAAUAAAAAAAAAUAAACAGAUAAUUUUCACGCCAAAAUUGAGAAAAUAAAAGUGCGGCUUCCAAGUGCCAAACCUAAGAUCGGCAGUACUAAAAUGGAGUUGGAAGUUGUUUUAUGUUUCGUGUGGCUGAGAAGUGGAUCUUUAAAUUCAAUUAGUGCAAAGUACCCGAAGAAUUAUAAAAUGUGAUUCAGUGGAAAACUGUCAAUAAAACACGUUUCGGAUGCAAAAAUUUAGGAGGGUUCCACGGCUCAACAGAUGGAAAUCAUCAAAUUCCAGUCCAGUGAAACCCUAUUAAACAAGUUGGUCUAAUUUAGGCUGUAAAUAUAGUCGCCAUUGAAGAGAAGUGCUACAAAAUCCAUUCCGGCAACAUAACCACCCACGGGACAAUCAAAAUUGCCACCCCACUAGAAACACAGAUGAUACGCUACCAUUUGCCACCCGCUAGCCCUCAUUUGGAGCGAACUUGAGCGAUGCUGUUCGAGGCGGUCCAGAAUGGUGACCUAGAGAAAGUGGCCACCCUGUUGGACGGCGGAGCCGACGUCAACGCUCGAGAUGACAAAUUCUUCAACACCGCUUUGCAUCGCUCAAUUUUCGCCAAAGAAAACAGGUGCCAAUUGAUCGAUUUGCUGAUAGCGCGCGGUGCCGAUUGUAAUGCGCUGAACAAAAAGUACAUGACAGCCUCGGAGUUGGCACUGGAGAAAAAGCUCGAUGAGUUGGCGAAACAUAUGGUCCUGCGGGAGACCGAGAACAUCGAUAAUCAUCUGGCGUACUAUCUGCUGAUUCGACGGGGCAAUUUACAACUGUUCGAGUUUCUGAUAUCGAUCAAACGACUCAAGUACGAGGAUGAGAUUCUGAUUAUUGCGAAAGCGUACGCAGAGCUCAAGCUUAAAAAUGUCCCCCUCAAGGAGCACAUGGAAGCCUAUCUGAACGAGAUACUUAUCAACCAUGACUACUGGCUUAUUAACAGUGGCAGCAAGCAGCGGAAUGAUCAAGUUAAGAGCGUGCAGCGCUGUCGGGACAUCGUGGAGAACGUGCACCAGCUGUUUGCCUCGUACGAUAAUCACAACCUAAUGGACGUGGACAGCAUCUUCCUGUUACGCCUAUCCUUCAUACUGGAAAACAUCUUCUUCGUCCGGAAUCACUACAUGGAGUUGCCACUGCACCACAUUGAGUUCUGUAUCGGAAUCUUCCUACACAUCUGGAAAAACCCACCGCAUUAUGAGAUCUAUAAAAUGCUGAUCGACAAACGUCAACUGCUCAUCUAUUUGGACGCAAUCGCCAGCGAAUUGAAAAAAGUGAUUGCACUUCCAUGCUACAACUUGGCAUCUACCUCGAGCUCACUCAUUUCGUCUGGCUCGCCAGAGUUACCAGCUUUCUCGCCCAGUGGACCAUCAACCUCGGCCUCCAUCAAGUGGUCCUCGGAGCUCAAUCGGGAUCUUCUGUUCUGUUACUACGUGGUCACCAACGGUGGUCAAAGCACGAUCGGCUACCGAAAACGACUUCGCCAUCUGUGGUGUGCCCGACACGUCCCCACGGGACAUGAGAACGAGCAGCGACUUGCCGGGCAGUUGCGUCGCAUCCAACGUAACCACUUACUCUCGGAAGACGCUCGCCGGCAGCUGCGGCUGGAGGCUAGUGAGUACGACUUCGACUAUCACUGUUCACGCGCCCGACCACUUAGAAUAUCGGACAGAAAUAGGAAAGUGUUUCGAAAAUUAGCAAAAACCUACACCAGAAUGAAGGAACUUCAUUCGGUUAACCGUGCUCUGAGUUAUGUCAACUCGGCUGUCGACAUGAAGUUCAGUGCCAGCAGGGAGAUUGAUGUGCUCACGAUGAAAAGAGUUGCCCAGGUUCUGGCGGAAACUAUUAGAAAUAGGAAGGAUACACCUAACAUUGGCAAACAUUUGUCUAGUUUCCUGAAUGUUUUAGUUCCGAAGCAUUUUCUAAACGACACCAAGAUACGGCACUAUUUGUCCCACUGUCGUAGAGAUUACUUCUCGCUGUUGGAUGUGGCGGACGAAGAAAUCGACUACCACGAAUUGCACCGUAAUCUGAAAAUUUUGAAAAACCUCUUACUGUAUGUACAAAAUCUAGACUAUAUACUCGCGAUAAAAACGUUGAUGAACCGUGUGUACAAUAGUAAGUGUAUAGAAGAAGUCAAAUCGUAUUACGCGUACAUUUUCCGUAACAAUUCUACGGAUUUUCUGAAAGAUUUGGAGUUUGCCCCGUUCCUCUUGCUGCAGAUUAACUCUAUUCUAGAUGGUAUCAUACAAGAGCAUCACAGUUCUGGACAUAAACCGUGCGAUCGUUUGGAGAAGAUCAAGUUGAGAGUCUGCAAAGAGAUUGAUAGUUACAAGAACUUACAUCAACAAUACAGCAACACAAUCCUCAUGAUCGACUGCAUGAUGUCGAAAAUAAAGUCCAAUCAGAGUCACGACAAAAUACGGCAUCUGUUCCGAUCGCAUCUGCGCGUGUUCCGGUGUGACAAAAACAUCCACCAACAGUUUCUAGUUCAACUCAAGCUACAACUUCUGACCUACCUCUACGAGGACAUCAGUGCGAUAUCCGAGCCACAUGUGCAACCCAGAAUUGUUCAUCACCUCAGCCGACUUCUCUACGCCAUAGAUAACUACAAACUUGUCGGUCAGCACAAUCCAAAGUCUGACGAAGCAUUGGCAAGAAACGUCACGUUCUGCACUCCAGAUUACCCCGCGAAUAUGAUCUCACGGCUGGAGAAACGAACCGGUAGAUCAUUCGCAUUCAUUUCCCAAGAUCCGUUUCUACAAAAAAUUAGAGAUCACCCUGACAAACGGUAUGAUUUUCUGCGGCAAUGUUUCCAUCGGCAUAAAAUCUCGAUCAACGGCAGCAUCUUCCGGGAACUCGAGCGAGAUGACGAAAAGCACGUGGAGGACAGGAUCUGUCAGCUGCAGAGGCUGUUCCUAGAUCAAAACAUGAAUAUGCGAUCGUUCGAUCGAAUCGAAGAGAUCGCCUUCGAGAUGCUAAUUCUGGAAACGACCUGGGCUUUAUCGCCCAAACUGCUGGAUAAUGCCGAGAGCCUCUCGAACUACGUUCCCGUGCUGACGGGAAGAAACCUAAGGAACUAUCUGGCCCAUGGAAGCAUAACGUACGAGGUGCUAGUGUCGAACAUUACCCCCAAAACAUUCCUUCAGAAUGCGCUCAGUAUAAUGAAGCUGUCCAAAAACAUCAUUUCGGAAAUCUACGAGCGACAUAGUUGGGACUUUGCGGAUCGCCUGGCGUGUCUCAAUUUUCAGAACAGUAUUUUUCAGGGAUUUCAGUUUCAAAACUGCCAGGAAAUCCAGGGUACCAUAAAGCGAGACCGAUAUUUGGUCGGGAAGGAUCACCUGAACCAUGGAAUCGUGGAUCGACUAAUACAAACGCGAAGCUGUCUACUGCUUGGACACUUACUUGAUCUGGGAAAGGUUGACGAGCUGCUUCGAACCCUGUCAUACCUUAUGGAAGAUAUCAACAUCGUUCCUUGCGAGGGAAAGUUCCAUAAUCUAUUGACGGAUGUCGAAGCAAGAAUCCAUUUCUGCUACAAUCUCGCGAUGCUUAGCAACGAAGAAGAUAUACUGAUCAGAAUAGUUGCCGAUUUUGGUUACGAUCAGAUCGAUACAAUCCCAAUGAUCUUCAAUUUCGAUCAGUUGUACACCAGCUUCCUGGAGAACUAUCCCGACUACGACGUCAACAGCGAAUCGAACGCAGAGAUCCUUCAUUACGCGGUGUUAUCGGGGAAUGUUGAGCUCCUGAACCUACUGCUGGACCAAUGUAACGAUCUGAACUUACGCGAUAUCUACAAACACACACCGCUGGAUGUGGCCUGCAAAUUGAGCAACAUCGAUAUGAUCAAAACGUUGACAAACGCUGGGGCCAAGUGGUUCUCGAACAACCUGAGCCAGUACCUGUGGUUGUUUCUGAACAACGACCAUGAGGCGAUAAUAUUUCUGAAAAACAACGAUCUAGUGGGAGACAAGAUAGCCCAAAGCUGCAUCAACGCGUUCCUACAAUACUGCGAAGACGACAAGGAAGAAAUAGUGGAGCUCAUGCUCAGCUACGUGGAUUAUACGGAUCUGUAUUCGGUAGCGGCACGCUUCCGGAGGGUGAACGUUAUCAAGUAUAUGAUCGCCACCGACGAUGGGCUUGAGAUAAACAUAAAUCGUAAGGAUAUCAGUGGUCAAACAGCUCUUCAUAUAUCUAGUGGAAAAGGUUUCCGAGAAAUCGUUCGGUUGUUGUUGAACCACUUCGGAGAUCCAAAUACACAGGAUUUCGCAGGUAACACAGCCCUUCAUCUAGCUGUUGAAUUUGGUGACACCAAAACUGUGAGUAUGUUACUGACUCACCGUGCAAGCGUGAUUAUACAGAAUCAGCUUAAUCAAACGCCUUUGGAUCUAGCACUGAGAUAUGGAAGUCUUAGAAUGAGCAAGAUCCUACUCAAGCACAUUCAACAUACCCAAACAGUUCAGAUACCCGAAACACUUCAUUCGGUGGAAAUCCUCUACCAGCUUCAAACCGCAAACAUUCAGUACAAGGUGGAAACAAUUCCUGGGAACAAAUAUUGUGACUUCUUGACUCCAUUACACUAUGCCAAAGACGAGGGAAGAAUACGAAUUCUUUUGCAAUGCUUUGACGUUAACGUUCAAAGUCCCAAAUUUUGCGACACACCUCUCCAUGUGGCGUGUUUGACAAACCACACGGGUGCCGCUCGUAUCCUUCUCAAACAAGGCGCCGAUCCUAGUCUGAUGAAUUCCGAUAACUUAUCUCCGCUUCAUUUGGCCGUUAUCAAUAGGAGCGUAGAAAUGGUUCGGAUCAUAACAUCUACUAGACAUCGAAUGAAUACCGAUGCCAUCAACUCCGCCCUGACGAUAGCAACACGCAAGGGUCACCUCGAAAUAGUUCGUAUUCUUCUGGAUCACGGGGCAGAUAUUUCGAUAUUUCUAACCGCGGCCAAAUCGACGCCACAAAAUUUACUUCUCCCGGCAGCGCGGGAAGGUUAUAUCCGAAUCCUGCAAUAUCUGCUACAGGAACAAAUUUUCGACGUAAACGGCGAAGAUCCGGCUGGAUCGACGCCACUUUUCCUGGCAGCCGUACACGCAAACAUCCGUGUCAUUGAAACUCUUGUGGAGUACGGUGCCGACAUAGAACACACGAAUAAAUUGGGUCACAAUGUUGUCUCUACGGCGGCCAUGCACGAUCGUUUGGAUAUCGUGAAGUAUUUCAUCAAUAACUAUCCGCAGACGUCGCGGUUCAUCUCGACAGCCUAUGCAGGUAAAAACACCGUGCUCCACAUAGCGGUGUUGAAAGGAUCCUUAGAAAUGGUGAAAUAUUUUCUCGACCUCCACAACGCCAACGCCAUGCUGUCCAAUUGCCUCAACGAACAAAACCUUGAAGGCUUCACGGCGCUCCACAUCUGCGCCCAAACCGGGAACGAACGGAUAUUCACUCUACUGCUGGGUAGCGGCGCGGAUCCGUCGAUCCCGCUUUUCAACGAACAAGCCAUCCUGCAUACCGCAAUUCUGAAUGGUAAUUUGAACAUCGUACGGGUCCUUCUGGCGCAACCGUCAAUGGUUGAUGUGAACGCCUGCGACAGCGAGCACCGAUCGAUUCUUCAUUACGCUGUGUUCUCACGAAGCGUAGCAGUGGUGAAGGAAGUUCUGAGGGUUCGGGGACUGCAGAUCAAUCGGCAAGAUCGUCAGGGUGACAGUGCGCUGCACUUGGCGGCCGAGAAUCAGUUCGUCGAUAUCUACAAUUUGUUGCAGAAACACGUUGACAAUAAGCUUACGAAUGGGUGCGGUAAACGUGCAAUCGACAUUCUGCUGAAGAAAUGAGCUAGGAAAUUGUAAAAAAGAAUUGAAUCUUUGUUUUCAAAACAGCGAGACGAAAUUUAGCGAGUCCGCAAAUAUUUGAGUUUUUCACGUUAUCGAAUAGCCAAGUUUCCCCCUAACAGUGUAACUAGUGUAGUUUUGUGUAUAGAUGUAGAAUUCGAAAUUAGUUGUAGAAUAUAAUCUCACAUAGUUGAAGGCUCUAUCCAAUGAAAUCGGCAACUGAGGCGUUAGUGAACAUAUAUUUUUGAUUAUGAUACCCAUAAGUUCGACACUAACUAAAUCAUACAUAGAUUUGAAAUCCGAGAAUAGUUUCUGUUACAAUCUUUAGACCGAAAAUUAUUAUUUUAUAUGUUCUGUGGCAAUGGUUUGAUUGAAUACUACAAAUGAAUACUCUUUUCUGUUAGGUUAUAGUAAAUCAAUUUUCGAAAAAUUUACAUGAUUAACGUAGCAGGUCUAUGCUCAAUCCCUGCCAAAUAAAGAGAGCUCUUUAAACACGUUGUUUUCGGAAAGGAAGUGACACUGUAACUCCGGCCCAAGUGUUAUUGAUAAGUUUGAAAGCCAGAGUUUAUUUCAACUCGCCGUCCGUCGGUGGACGUCGAAAUCAUAAAACAUCAACGGAACGAUUGGUUUGACGUUCAUGCAAGACAAAUAUUAUUGCGUUUGUUUCAAAUAUAUAUAUAUAUAUAUAUAUAUAUAUAUAUAUAUAUAUAUAUAUAUAUAUAUAUAUAUAUAUAUAUAUAUAUAUAUAUAUAUAUAUAUA